AUGAGUAUCAGAGAGAAUCCGUACAAGGAAUCUAUGCGGCGUCUCGUUACUUACGUGGGACUCCCAGACUACGGAACAGGGCAAACUGUGCGCCCGCCUCCCUCAACUGGGCCGGAGGCGUUGUACUUCCAGACUUCGGAGUCAGCAGAGUGGAGAGCUCAUCUAGAAUCACUUCCACGUGAAGAACGACACAGGGCUUCUGUUCGGCGACGUCUCUCUGCACGUUUGUGGUUCGCGGCACAAAAUGACUUGUGUCUGUGGUGCUGGUUUACAAGAAGCAUGUGCAUGUGCCCUCAGCUUGAGCAGCAUAGGGCACGUGUACUCUCUGAUCGGCUGCGCUCAGCCGUGAAGGUGACGAUGGUAAUGCACGCAGCGGAAGUGAUGCGAGCAACGAACUCUGGACACGUCGCAGCCUUCAUUUUAGGUGCGCCUGUCCGCGUCUGGGGCGUGGAAGAAGAUGACGUGGAUAUGCAAGGAUUGUCGGCUGUAGACGAGGAGGAUAGCGGCUUUUGUACGGCUUCAUUAUACCCAGAGUCGGGCGCCAUUUUGGUGGAGAAAUUUGUCCAGAGUCUUCUCCAGGGCCAGAAGGUACACUUGCUUCUUUUGGAUGGAACUUGGGGCCAGGCAACCUCGCUUAACCGGCACAUCCCUCAGCACAUUCCUCGACUGGCGUUGGAUGUGGAUGGGUCGUAUACGUCGCUUUUUAAGGCCUUACGGAAAAGGACGAGAGAAACGGGUGUUUCGACACUUGAGGCCACGGCCAUGGCCAUGGAGCAGUGCCUACGGGGGCUAAAUAGCAACUCCACCGGGGCCGCGUCCUCCGUCCUGACCGUCUUGACAACGGCCAUGAAGCAGUUUGUCGACCUAAGGUGCCUGCUGAAGUUCCGGGACGUCUGCUUCGAGCAGAAAACGGCGGCAGUUGCCGGGAUCAUUGCACAACGUGACGCCUAUCGGCGUGGCGCGUCGCUGGAUCGCCUUCGAUUACUACAUCACAAGGCCUGUAACGACCCUGAGGCACGAAAACUACUUCUUCCCCCUGUCUUAAAUUAUUGCUACAUGUGCGACGUGGCCGUAGGUUGGCAUCGCAUGGUGGAGCAUGCGCUGGGACGAAGCCACCGAGAAGAGUUGAAGAAAAACCUGCCCUGUACGCCUAGCGAGCGGUCGCGAAGCCGUGUCUGCGCGCAGUACCCCGCAGCAUGGAAUGGUGAGGUGAACUCCACGUGA